CGACUCCGGCAGACGAGUCGGGGGGCUUCCGUCCCUUCCUCGCCGGGUUGCGUCCCCCCUUAGCCAGCAGGAGGGCGGAGAACGGGGCAAGGCCUUCCAGGAGAGCAGGAGCCAAAGAGGAAAAGCGCCAGGCUCUUUGCACUCCUCCAAGCAGGGCGAAGGGGAAUGCCCGCGCCUGGCUAGCUGGAUUUUAUCGACAGCCGAGCGGGCGGAUUUUAGGCGGCGGCGGCGGCUCCUCCCGGUUGCACGUCCUAGUUGACCGGGUAACGGAGGGGGGGAGUUGCUGAGGAAUGUGGCGUCCGUGCGUUUCCUGGCUCCUGGCUCAGGUGAAAUGGUGGCUUUGGGGGCUCCUGCUUGCGGUGCGGGGAAGAAGAGCGUAGCGCCAUGCAUGAAGUCCUGGAAGAUCGUACCAAGGUGGAGGUGAUGAGUUGAAAGGCAAAGGCAGUGGAAGCUGGUUGUGGGCUUUCCCUUCCCAGCUAUCAUGACUGUCUUCCGGCAAGAAAACCUGGAGGAUCACUACGAGGUUGGAGAGGAACUUGGAAGUGGCCAGUUUGCAAUAGUAAGAAAAUGCCGUGAGAAGACCACUGGGGCACAAUAUGCUGCAAAAUUCAUUAAAAAACGAAGAACAAAAUCCAGUCGUCGAGGAGUAAGUCGUGAAGACAUUGAACGAGAAGUAAACAUAUUAAAAGAAAUCCAACAUCCCAAUGUGAUUACACUCCAUGAUGUCUAUGAAAGUAAAAUGGAUGUAAUUCUUAUAUUGGAACUCGUUGCAGGAGGGGAACUCUUUGACUUUUUAGCUGAAAAGGAAUCUUUGACUGAAGAGGAGGCCACAGAAUUUCUCAAGCAAAUUCUUAAUGGUGUUAAGUAUCUGCACUCUCUGCAAAUUGCACAUUUUGAUCUUAAGGUACAUUGAACAAGCAGCUUUUUCAAACCUUGGAAAUGCUACAUAAAAUGCCUUUACAAUUUGGGUAUCCAGAAUAAAUGCUAAUGUAAAGUUUUGUUUGAGAAAACAAAAGAUAUUUUAAAGGUUCUUUAUAUGCCAAGACUAUAAUAGAUUGUAAUGGAAUAUUAGAAUAAAAUAGGAUUUAAAGAUUACUGAUUACAUUUAUGGAGCCAUAUCUUUUUGGAUAUUCUAUACACAGUAUACAGUACAUUGGGAAACUCUUAUUUGUAUGUCUGCAUAUAGUUGUAUAUUGGGAUUUGUCCAACUUCAUUUUAUUAGAGAUUAAAAAAUCCAGGGGGAGAGGCAUCCUCAGGUAUAAUCAAGAUAUGGGAUAAAUGAGGAAACACUUACUUACCACUAAUGCAUGUACAAUGUUACAAUGUCUACUGAAGAGAUAAAAGUUGCAUCACAAUGGUGCAAUGCUACUAUUGUUAUUUUGAUGAAAGUCUAAAUCCUGCAGACACCUCAUGGUUACACUUACCCAUAAGAACUUAUCAUUUUUU